UCUGAUCUGAUCUGAUCUGGCCAGAGGACAAUAUCAAAGCAAUGCCACUGCUCUGUUUCCACAUAAUAUGUAAUAUACAUAAAUAUAACUUCACCUUAAAUGUAACUCGGUGUGAGUGCUGAGUGUGUUUGUGAGCAGACCUUGAACAAAGAGCCCUGCUGGUUGAGAGGGCUGGCUGUGCCCUCCAGACUGCAAACGGAUAUUUUAGACACAGACAGGACCACUAUCGAUCGGACGAAAAGCAGCGGGCUCGGUAAGGCAACUAAUCUGUUGUUUUUAUGCAUUUUAAAGCGAAAUCUGGCUAAAUCAGAUCCGAUUUUACACCGCAGGGAUCGGACCGGUAAAAAAAACAGGACCAUGGAAGGGGAGUUGACCAAUUUACCAACCACGAUUAGGAAAUAUAGUUGUUUGUAAACUCGCGUUGCAGCCUCGUUUAAUAAGUUGAGUAUGAUUUUUUUUAAAUGAUGGGUAUAUUCAUGACGAGAUCACAAGGUGAUGAACUUUGCCCUGUUUUCUCUGUGAAUCCCGGGAGCAGUGAGUUCUUCGAUCAGCUGAUGGAUGCACUGUUAGUUUGUGGCAGGCUGCACGGGCAGUUGUCCGAGGUUUUCCAGUGAGACGUCAGGUGCGCCUCCGUGUUCGGUCACCGGUUAUUUCAGAGCCUGUGAUCCUCCUGACGUCAAUUUAUAAGGACCCAGCGGUGCCGGGGCGGCAGACAGAUAAGCAGACCGGAGGAAACCGGGACAGAAAGCCGGACACAUGUUGGUGUCGAUAUUCUUCAGAUAUUGCUGAGCAUUCUGUGACUGACCACGGCCUGAGCUGAAGAGGGGCAGGGGGGGGAGGGGGGGUCCCAAUCCUGAAAGUGUAUGCGUGUGUGCAGCUAUGGGGAAGGACUACUACAAGACCCUGGGCAUCCCCAAGGGCUCUAACGAGGAGGAGAUCAAGAAGGCCUACCGGCGCAUGGCGCUGCGCUUCCACCCUGACAAGAACAAGGAGGCCAACGCCGAGGAGAAGUUCAAGGAGAUUGCAGAGGCCUAUGAGGUACUCAGUGACCCCAAGAAGAGGGUCGUCUACGAUCAGCUAGGAGAGGAAGGUUUGAGGACAGGAGGCAGCAGCUCUUCAGGUGCUCAUGGCGGCUCAACGUACCACUACACCUUCCACGGAGACCCCCAUGCCACUUUUGCCUCCUUCUUUGGAGGCUCUAACCCUUUCGACAUGUUUUUUGGCUCCAACCGCAGCCACGGCCGCUCUAACGGUUUCUCCUUCCACAACGACCACGAUGCGGAGCAGGACAUGGACGUGGAUGAGGAUGAUCCCUUCGCUCAUAUCGGGAGACAGUUCGGCUUUCCAGGGGGCGUGACCAACGGCUUCCCAGGGGAGGGCCGCAGGAGGAGGGGGGUGCCGUCAGAGCGCCUGGGGACAGGGCGAAAGCACCAGGACUCUCCGGUGGUCCACGAGCUGAAGGUCUCUCUGGAAGAGAUCUUCCAUGGCUGCACCAAGCGCAUGAAGAUCACCCGCCGCAGGCUGAACCCAGAUGGUCGCAGCAUGAGGACAGAGGACAAGAUCCUUAACAUUAUCAUCAAGAAGGGAUGGAAGGAGGGGACCAAGAUCACCUUCCCAAAGGAGGGGGACGAGACCCCUGAGAACAUUCCUGCCGACAUAGCCUUUGUGCUGAAAGACAAAGGGCACGUCCACUUCAAGAGAGACGGCUCCAAUAUCAUUUUUAACUGCAAGAUCAGUCUAAAAGAGGCGUUGUGUGGCUGCACAGUUAGCAUUCCCACGCUGGAAAACCGCAUCAUCUCGCUCCCCUGUCACGACAUCAUCAAGCCAGGGACGGUGAAGCGAUUCAGAGGGGAAGGCCUGCCUUUCCCCAAGAACCCAUCACAGCGCGGCGACCUCAUUGUGGAGUUUUCUGUUCGUUUUCCCGACAGGAUUCCCCCUCAGUCCAGAGAGAUUAUCCGACAACACCUCCCCCAGUCAUAGGAAGACUCACCUUCAACCCCUCCACCAACAAACACUCCAGACUAAAUGGCCCAAACCCAGAAAACCAGCCCUUGAUACUCCAAUUUUGACCCUCAUUGUAGUUUUCCCUUCCCAACUUGCAGUCCCCAUGUCUUGAGUUAAUGCACGCAGCACUGAGCAGACGCUGUUGUUUGUAGGAACUUCACAGUGGGAGGAUGAAGGAAGAAUGCCUAGACGAAUGGCAGUUUCAAGAUGUGAUUAUUUGUGUUUGUUUUGGCACAAGCACACACACACACACACACACACACACACACACACACACACACACUGCAGUGGAGCGGUGCUGAGGAUGGGCUCCCCACAAUAAUGGCUUUUACCAGUCUUUUCUUAACUCUGUUUUUUACGGAUUUAUCAGUGAUUUUAUAUGCUGUCCAACUCUUUGAUCCUCGUCUUUUUAUAAUAGGAUGAAGUGUGAGAUAUUUUUUUUAAAAGAAACAUUUUUUCCAGGAUUUUCUGUUACAGAGGAAGUCUCAAAUGGGUUACUUGUUACUUUACUUAUACCGUGAGUCUACCAGCAGCUUCAGUGUGUUCGGUGCAAACCCCGGUUUUAACACAACUCCCCCCACCACCUGCUUUUCUCAUGUUUUCAGUGUGAUAAAGCAUCCGGCUUGAAGUGUGUAGGCCAUUUAGUAAGACCUAUCUCCGCUAAAAUCAAUUGUAUUCUGAUGCGAUCAACUCCACAGCGCACUUAGAGUCCCACGUAUGUUAACGCAUCUCAGCUGCAUUUGAAAAUCUAGGAAUGACAAUCACGUACAAUAACAGCAGUGUAAGCUUGGACAAUACAAUCUGCACAUGAUAUGGGUGCGUUCCCUUCUGACCUGAAUAGCCUGGCUCGCUAUCUGAGGGACAUUUAGGUGCCUUAGCCUGGUGAGAUACCACAUACUAUGUGAACACACACACACACACACACAAGUCACACUGUAACAACACGACCAGCCAUGUUAAGUGCACAACAGAUGAUGCCCUAUGCCGUGUUAGACAUUUCGAGUUGGUGAUCUUGGAAUAACAGUAAGUAAGCAAUGUAAUGUCAAUGACCAUUGUGAACUGUAUGUGAGCAAGGACAUUUUUAGGGAGAGAUUUGAUACCAAACGAGUACUGACAAAUAGUGGAGAUUUCUCUGGGAAACCCAUCUUUGUUGUUUAUAUUCUGCUCUCUCUUGUGCCAUUUGAAGGCCAUGUCUCGGUGCUACUGUGGGCAGUGCUAAAGAUAGACCCCCCCUUGGUGUCUACUUUUCGGUUUUAUGGUUUCAGUUUGUGAUUUUAUAACUGCUUCUCAACAUGUGUACAUUCAACAUCUGUUUUUUCAAGUAGAAAACACUGUUUAGGAAACAAUGUUUUGUAAUAUUGCAGCAGCAAUUCUCUGUCUCAGCUGCAGGGGGCUCUUCAGCUCUUCCUACUGUAGUUUAUAGCUAUGAUAAGGUGUAUGUGUGAGUAUGGUUUAUGCAGACAGCACUAGGAGGUCGUAUACAUCACGUGUAUGGGAAAAUGUUUGAAUGCAACUUGUUGAUAAAUGCACUUUUAUGUCUAGAAAGAUACUGACUGAACUAUGAGAUGACGGGGGAGACUUGAAUGGCUUGUCUGAGUGUGUGAGCCUCCUGCCUCUCGGAGCCUGCGGGGACGCUGGAUUGUGGCUGCAAGCAGAAUGCACAAGUGCUGCUGCGGAGAGACUGUCACUGCUUAUGUGCAUUUGACAAUAUUUAUGAUCUUUUCAAAAUGGCAACAAAUAAACCAAAUGUGUGAACCUAA